UAUUUAAAAAUGAUUUCUGCCUUCCAAGAUCUGUACAAAAAAGGCCUGGAUGCCGGCGAGCAGCAGAAGCAACGUCAGAGGCAGCUGCUCGAGCAGCAGAAGCUGCGCCGCCACCAGGAGCAGGAUGUGAUCAGGCCGCUGGUCCAGAAGAGCCCAAAGUCGGAGGCGCCGCCAAAAAAACACCAAAAGCGAAAGCAACGUGCUGGCGGUGCCAAUGCUCAACACCAGCGCUGUCCCUUCCGACCACAGCUAUCGGAGUGGCUGCGGCAGAAGCCGGAGGAUCUGGAUGCUUGGCAGCUGGUGCCCUGUCCAGCCGGAGCACGCUGCCUGGUGGUGGCCAAGGGCGGCAGGACGAGGGCCUACUACAAAAGCGGCUGGCAGUUCGACGACUUCCGUUCCUCGCUGCCCGGAGACAGGCUUCUCCAGCGAUCUCAGACUGUCCUAGACUGCAUCUAUGUAAAGGAGACAGACUCCUUCUAUGUGCUGGAUGCCAUCACCUUUGGCCAGCAGGAUUUGCAGGAGUGCGAGGCAACUUUCCGUUUCUACUGGCUAAAAGCGCGCUUCGAUGAAAAUGAUUACGCCAGUCUUAGUGAGCACAAUGAGAAGUCGUUCUUCCUCCUGGAUCACCACAACUUCGAGGACACCUCUGCGGUGGAGGAGACCCUACAAAAGUAUCCGCUUUGGGAGGAGAACAAGCCACCUCUGGAUGGUUUCCUCUUCUAUCACAAGGAGGCCAGCUAUGUGUGCGGCUCAACGCCUUUGGUGUGCUGGCUGUUUCCCUUCAUGCUGCCAGAUGUGCUGGGACUGCCCGUGAGUGGCAGUUAUACAGCUCCAGAGGAUUACCAGGCCACACAGCCGCUUCAGUACAUGGAGGAGUUUGAUAGAAAGCUAAAGGAGAAAGUGGAGGCUCGCCUUAAAAAGAAGAAGGAGCGGAAAGCCGCUCCGGAGGAGGAGAAAAUGGAGGCCCAAGCUGAGGAGGAGGCGGAAGACAGCGAUGAAUAUGCUGCCUUAAAGGGACUCCUCGAUCAGCAGCGGCGCUUGGAACUCGGCGAACUGGACAUGGACUGCGAGGAGGAGGUGGAGGAGCUGCCGUCAGCUGUUGCCAAUUGCUAAGGCAAAACGGGCGCCGGCUUUGGGGGUGGCUUUCCUGCGCCUGCGCUCUGGCGGUGCGGCCCUGGACAAAACGGCCUCAGCUCGCGCCCAGGAAAAGCGCCCAGGACAAGCAGCCCAGAUUUCGGCCUCAAAAAUAUUUCAAUAAUUGUUAAAUUAACCCAUUAACAGAAAAAAAGAAAUCUAAGAUAUCAA